UCUCUAAGACACACGCCAGAUAUGGCAGUGAAAAAUGGACAGAAAUUAAUAAACAAACAAGACGCCACCAAAAAUAAAGAUGAACCCUCCCCAUACUGAGCCACACCAACGACCCACCCACACCAGGGACCAGGGGGAAACGCGCCCAACGAGGGAAAACGCCCACAUUAUGCCAGACGACUCAAGGCCACGGGACGAUGCACGCCUCUUCGCGGGACUCAGCUGCGAUCCAUGCGAAUCCUGAAACCACUCCGACAGGUCAACGCGGACGUUUCCGUUGCAGCUCGGUCUCCCGUCUUCUGGCACACCGGCGCUACUCCUCCGUUCAUAUCUUGAACGUUGAGGUCGCCAGGGCCCCGACUUCUGUUUGGGACAAUCGCGCUGGAAAGAGCGAAGAACAUAAAACAUUCAUGACGUACACAGAUUCCCAGAUUGGUGCAUCGUUACUGGAUACCGAUCGAGCACGGCCACCAAUCUUCGUUCCGAUGGCGCUAUUCUUCAGCCACGCAAGAACGACAAUUCCCAUUCUGCUCUCGAGAUGCUGGAUUGGAAUCGGACCAAGGGAUAUUCAUAAUUUGAAUUUGGGCGCCAUUAUUGUUAUGGACCUGCAAGAGUUGCAAAUCUAUCGAUGGUCACGCCAUCGAUUGUUUUUACGAUCGAUGGAAAAAACCAUCGAUUGUUUUACCAUCGGUGUUGAAAACAAUCGAUACUAUCGAUAGUACUAACGGAAGUUUAAAUUUUUGUUUCAAUGUCUGCAUUUUCAG